CUAGAGCCCCACCUUGCAUAUUUCAGCGUUUCAACCCCCAGACCCUUCUUAAAACCCCAACCCCCACUCUCGCCGCCAUUAUUAUUAUUCAUUCUUGAACAUCAUCGCACCCAAACACAAACACUCUCUUUUUCCCUCUCUUUUAUUUUUGUGCUUUCCUGAUCUCCCUAGCUCCUCCAAGGCCAAGAAAACCAAGAAAGAAAAGCGAUGGGCACUUUGGUGGGACAUGUUGCACCUGGAUUUGGCUUCUUUCUCAUUGGUCUUUGGCACCUCUUUAACCAUAUCAGGCUCCAUGCUCGGUACCCAAAUUCUUAUACCUCUCCCCCAUGGUUCCCCGCCCCAAGAUUCAAGUAUUUGGAACUCUUCUUGAUCAUGGGUGGCUGCUCUGCCUCCAUAGCCAUGGAGCUCUUCAUUGGCCCGGACAGACACCAGCCCCUUGACCCUGAUGGAACUAUCCCCUCCAACCAUCUCCAUAACUUCGAGCACUCCUCCAUCUCCAUGACUUUCUUCGUCUACGCCGCCUUUGCCAUAGUUCUUGAUCGAAUUGGCACCAAAGCUCAGCAUGGGCUAACCCAACUGCUUGGUGCCGUAGCCUUUGCACAGCAGUUUCUUCUCUUUCACCUUCACUCAGCCGACCACAUGGGCCCGGAAGGCCAAUACCAUUUGCUUCUACAGAUUGUUAUUUUCGUUUCUUUAGCCACCACUCUCAUGGGAAUUGGUCUGCCCAAGAGUUUCUUGGUCAGCUUUGUGAGGUCAGCCAGCAUAUUAUUCCAAGGUAUUUGGCUUAUGGUCAUGGGAUUCAUGCUCUGGACACCAGAAUUGAUUGCCAAAGGUUGCUUCAUGCACCUUGAAGAGGGUCACAAAGUGGUCCGUUGCUCUGGGCACGAGGCUCUUCACCGGGCUAAAUCAUUGGUAAACAUCCAGUUUAGCUGGUUCUUGAUUGCAAUCACAGUUUUUGCAGUGUGCUUCUAUCUCUUCUUGGUUAAAGCUUUUGGCGAAAAGGUGGAGUAUGUUUCAUUGACAAAGGAGUCAGAUGAUCAUGAAGAGCAAGAAGAAGAUUAUGAUGAUGUUGAGUCCCAAAUUAAAAAAAGCGAAUUUGAGAACUCAAAGAGCUUUAUUCAAAUGGGGAAAACCUUUUCACCUAUUGACAUGGAAAGGUAGAAGAUGGAAAGAACAAAAAAGGGAUGUUACUUGGUUAGGGGUAGGUUUGAUUAAUAAUUAGCAUAUAUAGAAUUAAGGGAUAGAUGUGAGUAAUUAGCAUUGGGUACGAAAGCACUAAGUCGUGCAUGGGAUAUAUCGCCCUGUAUUUUAAUUAAUUAAGUCAGCAACAAUUUGCUGGCUUGGUGAAAAAAGAAAAGCAUUGAACUUUGUUAAGUGAGCCAGGGGAAAAGUAGUGCAUGUUGGGGGUGGAGUUAUUUUAGCUUGCAUUGAUGGGGCUUUAGCUUAGAGCUAGGCGAGUCCCUUCUUGUGUUUGUAUGUCUAGAGAAAGUUGAGAGAGAGAGAGAGAGAGAGAGAGAGAGAGAGAGAGAGAGAGAGAGAGAGAGAGAGAUGAAUUUGUUUAGUGUAUCUUGAGACCCACCAACUUGUAUAAAAAUAUUUUUGGUUUGACAUUUAUAAAUUAAUUAGCUUUGUCGUUAUUUUUUCU